AGAGAGAGAAAGACAAUUUAAAGAAAUGGAGGAAAAGAUCAAGAAGGAACGAGAGGAAAGAGAGAAAGAACAACAUGAGAGAGAAGAAGAAGAAAUGAAAAGAAAACAGCAGGAAGAAGAACAAGUACGAGUGUGGGAACAAGAACGAGAAGAUUUGGAGAAAAAAAUAAAGUCAGAAUCAAAAGAAAAGGAAACGAUUGAUAGAAAACUGGAGGAGAUGAGAAAAGAGAUGGAAGAAAAACGAUAUGCCUGGAAAAAAGAACGAAAAGAAUGGUGGGAGAAACGAAAACAAGAAGAUGAACAGAGACGACAGGAGGAGAAAACAAGAAUGAACAAGAUGGAAGAAAUUAAAAAAAGUAUGGAACAAGAGAGAGAAGAAAAUGAAGAAGAAAGAAAACAGAGAGAAAUGAAACUUAAAGAAAUGGAGGAAAAGAUAAACAAAGAACGAGCAAAUAGAGAAGAAGAAGAGAAAAAAAGGAAACAGCAGGAAGAACAAGAACGACAGGAGUGGGAACGACAACGACAGGAUUUGGAGAAAAAAAUCAAGUCAGAAUCAGAGGAAAAGAAAAAGACAGAUAGAAAACUGGAGGAGAGCAGAAAAGAGAUGGAAGAAAAGAGAGAUGCCUGGGAGAAAGAACGAAAAGAAUUGUUGGAAGAGUGGAAGAAACGAGAACAAGAAGAUGAACAGAGACGACAGGAGCAGGAAACAAGAAUGAAAGAACUUGUAGAAAAGUACAAGCAGGAAAAAGAAGAAAAUGAAAAGAAAAGAAGAGAAGAGGAGCAGAUCAGAAGAGAACAAGAGGAAAAAGAACGAAAACAACUGGAAGAAAAACUGGAGAAUCUGAAGAAGACGCAUGAAGAGGAAGCCAGAAAGAAAGCUGAAGAGUUCAAUGAAUUCAAAGAGAAAUAUAAGAAGGAAUUAGCAGAUCAGAAGGAAGAGUCUGAGAAACAAAUGAAAGAGAAAGAUGAGAAGUAUGACAUGUUAAAGGCUCUUUCAGCUCUCAAGGAAAAAGAGAAGAGGGAGAAACAUAGAAGAGAAAUCAGUGACUUGGUGAAGUGUGUGACUGAAAACAGAGGAAACAUGAAAAAAAUCAAAGAGUUACUAAUAAAACAUGAGAAUCAAAUGAAGAUUGUGAAAAACGAAGAGGAAAAAGAAAAACUGCAAAGAAAACAAGAAGAUGAAAUUAGUGACUUGAUAGAGAAACUGCUGAAGGAAAAGUCAUCAUCGUCCUGUAGCAUUUUAUGAGCAGGUUGUUUUUGGGUCAGUGUUCCUCCUCUUGUUUCACCCGGACUCCUCGUCUCUGUCCUUUAGUUCCUGAUUGUGCUUCAGUGAAAAAUGAAAACUACUUGUUCUGGUCUCAGAUCUCAAAGAUUCGACUGCCACAGAGAUACUGAGUGAUGUUUCUGCACCUGGUUUAUCUGAGAUGUGUUCCAACAUAGUCAAACUAGCUGUUUAUCCCAAACGCAAUGAGGCAAAGCUCCUUCAUAACUGGUGUGAUGAUAUAUCUUGUUAUAACAAAUAAUCUCCAGAAUAUUCAAGGAUCAAAUACCUAAUAUUGUGUCGAUCUAGUGAAUUCAGAGGCUAGGUCAACACCUUAUGAUGUUCUUCAUGUUUUUAUGAGUUGUUUCUUAAGUCUUUUUGUGUGUCUGUGUCUUUCGGACUGUAUUCUCCGUGUUUUGUGAUUUCUUUUUGAAAGUGUGGAAGAGGGAGAAUUUUUCUACGUUAUGUUUAGGUAAUCCCUAGGUAGAGGCAUAACAAUCCAUUGAAGCUGUGUCUACCUGCUGAUCAAUGAGACCUUGUAGUUUUUACUCUUUGAAACUCUCUAAAUGGAGCUGAUCUUCAUUCUGGAUUUUCUCUCUUCAGGUUUGUUCAAAUCAACAUUUUAUGGUGGAAACAUUCGAGUUCUUUUCUUUCCUGUUUUAUCUCAGACGUGUUAAUGUUAAAGAGUCGAUGCAGCCAGAUGCUGUUCAUCCUGCAGGAAACCUUCAUCUUCUGUUCUCUUUGAGUCUUUGUUUCUAAAAUCCAAAGACAUGAAUGAAGAGGAAGCAGCAGGACUUCAGCAGGAAGCUCUGGUUUUCUUUACAACAUGAUGGAGAAAUGAUGUUUGUGAUUUGAGUGAAAUAAAAUGUUCUGAAGUCACAACAUGAACUGAACUAUGAAACACAUGAACAUCUUUAACCUGAUGUGCAGAUAUCAGACUGUAGAGACAGAACACAUUUUCUUUUUCAUCCUGCUUUGAUUUAUUGAGUCUUUAUUUCUGAUUAUGUAAUGUAGAUGGAUUUCAGUGUAUGUAUUGAUCAUCCAGAUUUUUAUCUUGAUAUUUGAUCCAAAGAAACUUGUAACCAUGAGAUAAACUGUCAGAUAUGUCCUGAUAAAUAGAGUGACAUUAGAAACAUGUAGAACAUCUGUAUUUAGACGUCUUCUCUCCUUAACAUCUCCACAAUCUGUAGCUGAUAAGAACUGAUUUUACAUUCUCAUCCAGUUCAUUAUUUACUAACCAGAGUAUAUGUUGAAUAUCUGACUCAUUUUAUUGGUUCAUUGUGAAAUUAAACAGCCACAGUAUCUGAAUAAAGCAAAGUGAACUGAGAA